GUGAAUGCAUGUUUCCAAGGUGAAAACAUUGCAGAGAUUGUUGCGCGAUUAAAACGAGACUUGCUUCCUACAAUGAUCAACGGUGUCAUGUAUUGGCCUGUCUGUGAUUUUGUCACAUUCAGAUUCACUCCUGUCCAUUUACAAGUGUGACUUUGGCUGUCUCUCUUUCUUGGGGACAAUCUGAUAUAUUAAUCCUGCCUCGAAGUGUAUUCUUGUAAUGGGGAAGGACAUGGAGAAAUCGUAUGUGCCCUUAUGUCUCCCGGAGAGACUGCAGGGAGAAACAGGAUUUGAAAUCAUUUAUCAUAACCUGAGAUCUUCAGAUGAGAAAUGUUCACAACAAUUUUUUGGCAUAGGAAGAGAUGCUUCCAAUACUGCUUCUGAGCUGGAAAUAAUUAUAUAGGACCUUCUGUAUAGAUGCUUCAGUCAGAAUGCAAUUUAAAACAGCUAAGCAAAGAGCCAGAUUGGCGGUUUGGGGGGCAUGGCAUAAACAGUGCCGGGAUAUGAUUCAGAUCCAAAUCGCAAUCAUGGAAGUAUGAGAUUCCUUGUGUCUCCUCUCUCCCAUGAUAUAUAUAAAGCAGAUGUUAAGAGAUGGAAUGCAAAUUGCUAGCAAUCAACUGAAGGUCCAUUCUCUUCGCUGAGACUUGAGAGAGAACAAAAUGGCUUCCUCUCCAGUGAACCUAAAAACUUGCCAUGCUCGUUCGAACAGCUUGCCGUCAAGGCCACACCCUGCCAUUACUCAACUCGAUGAGCAUUUGCGUAGAUUGAGGGCUUCUGAAUCUGGCUCUUCCUCUUCUUUAUCAAUAUGCCACAAGCUAAGUGGUCUGCAGGAUGUACAUGAUUCCGUUGAUAAGUUACUUCAAUUGACACUCACUCAGCGAGCAUUCGUCCAAGAGCACCAUCAGAAAUGGGCCGAGGAGUUAUCCGAUGGAUCUCUCAGGCUCUUGGACUUGUGUAGCAUUGCCAAAGACGCCUUGUCACAAACCAAAGAAUGUACGCAUGAUCUUCAAUCAAUUAUGCGCAGAAAGCGAGGAGACGAAAUGGCUCUUAAAAAUGAGGUCCGGAAAUACUUCAGCUCUAGGAAGGUAAUCAGAAAGGCAAUCCAGAAGGCCUUGAAGGGCAUGGAAAGUAUGUGCGCUGACAAAAAGCAUGAGAGUCUGGCCUUGGUUAGCAUGUUGAGAGAGGUAGAAGCAGCCACUCUUGCUGUUUUUGAAUCCUUACUGUCCUAUCUAGCUGGGGCAAAGUCGAAAUCAAAGUCAAGCAGUUGGUCUUUGGUUUCCAAGUUGGUGCACCCAAAGAGAGUAGCAUCUGCGGUUGAAGUAAUAGAGACAAAUGAGCUUGAGAUGCUUGAAACCGCUUUGCACUCCCUGGACAACCAAAAGACAAGAAAAUCUGAAUACAGCACGCAUUUCGAGAAUGUGCAAAACUUUGUAGGGAGGUUGGAAUCAAGUAUUGAAGAUCUUGAAGAAAGACUUGAGUGCCUGUUUAGGCUCCUAAUCAAAACCAGAGUUUCCCUUCUCAACAUCUUCAAUCACUAGCAAUGAGAUCAUGAUCAUAGGCUUUCAAUUUUGUCUGUUUAUUCUGUUCUCUCUUUAAUUCAUGAGAAGGACCUAGAGACUAGCAAUAUAUACUUGUACAUGAGUGAGACAUACAUAUAUCCAAUAUCAAAUAAAUCGAAUGUUUCCACAAAAA